AUGGAUGAAGCUAUCUAUAUCAAAUAGUUUAUUCUAAAUGAGGAAUUAGAUGAGUAUAAUUAAGAAUAUCAUUUUAGAUUGCCAUCACACCAUGAUGAAGAGGAAUCUUUAGAGCAUUUAUACUAUUCCAUGAUGUAAUGGCAAUCAACUUAUGAUUAGAAUGAUUCCAAUAAAAAUCUAGCUUAGAAAAGGAGGAUCAAUGAUAUGAGAUUCUCAGAUCUGGAAGAUUAGAGAAUUUUAGAAUUGGUUAUUUAACUAGGUCCCAACUUCAAUAAAAUAGUAAAGUAUUUCCCAGGGAAAACGAUGAAUAUGAUCAAGAAUAGAUAUUAUAAGAAGUUAAGAUUCAACAAGGAAUACUAUUUGGGUGAUAAAUAGAAGAGUAAAACAAAAAAGAACAAAUGA